UAUGCCGCCGGAAGCGGGGUGGAAAUGUGUUGUGGCGGUGAGGUACAGGAAGCCCCGAAGGGUCAAAAGGAAUACAAAUGCAAAGUCUGCUCGCUUGCGUUAAGCCGUUGCCCUUUCUGUCUGUCUUUGCUAUUUUUUUAAGAGCGAGUGGCCUUGGCGGCGGCGGCGGCGGCAGCGGUUUGGGUUAGGCGCCGGAGCGAGGCGAGCCUCCCGCGCUUUGGUAGGUCUGUCACCUCCCUCCCUGCUGUGCACACUGGACUGGACUCCCUGGGAUUCUCCAUUAGAAUCUGCUUUGGAAGCAAGAACAGACUAGUCCAAUAUGGAUGGAGGGGAUGAUGGUAACCUUGUCAUCAAAAAGAGGUUUGUGUCCGAGGCGGAACUAGAUGAGAGGCGCAAACGGAGGCAAGAAGAGUGGGAGAAAGUUCGAAAACCCGAAGACCCACAAGAAUGUCCAGAGGAGGCUUAUGACCCCCGGUCUCUGUAUGAGCGGCUACAGGAACAGAAAGACAGGAAGCAGCAGGAGUAUGAGGAGCAGUUCAAAUUCAAAAACAUGGUAAGAGGUUUGGAUGAAGAUGAGACCAACUUUCUUGAUGAGGUUUCUCGGCAGCAGGAACUGAUAGAGAAGCAGCGGCGAGAAGAAGAACUGGAGGAGCUGAAGGAAUACAGAAGUAAUCUCAACAAGGUUGGAAUUUCUGCAGAAAAUAAGGAAGUAGAGAAGAAGCUGGUUGUGAAACCCGUGGAAACCAAGAACAAGUUCUCUCAGGCAAAGCUGUUGGCAGGAGCUGUGAAGCAUAAGAGCUCAGAGAGUGGCAGUAGUGUGAAAAGACUGAAACCAGACCCCGACCCAGAUGACAAGGCUCCUCCAGAGGCUCCAUCCUGCGUGUCUCUUGGAAGCUCUUCUCUAAGUGGACCCUCCAUCCACUGCCCAUCUGCUGCUGUCUGCAUCGGCAUCCUCCCUGGCUUGGGUGUCUACUCUGGGAGCAGUGACUCCGAGUCCAGUUCAGACAGCGAAGGCACCAUCAACGCUACAGGGAAGAUCGUCUCCUCCAUCUUCCGAACCAACACCUUCCUCGAAGCACCCUAGCUCCUGACAUGACCAUGGGGAGCAUCUCCCCAGAGAGUUAGAUACCUGUUCUGCCUCGACAUCACCUCCCUCAUAAAAACGUCUUCGCCUGCUUCCUGUGCACACGGGUCAUUUUAACCUGACCCAGAAGUGUGCCGCAGUCCACUUGUGGCUCAAACUCUGCUCGAUUUCUCUUGAUACUCCAGUGCAGAUGACCAAACCUGUCCCCCGAUAGGAGGGCUGGGGUUCAGGCAAGUCUCAGAAAGCCACUGACGGAGCAAGGACAGGCACCAGCUGGCUGCCAGGGCUUCACUGUACCUUGUUGCUUUCUCGUUUCUCUCCUCUCCUCGUGGCACAGGAAGCAAAGGCAGAUGUCAUCUCGAUACUCUGUUGUAGGUGAGGGGGCCGCUUGGUUCUCCCGUGUUGUGUGUGGGCACAGAGGAGGGCUGACUAGCGGAUGACAAAGCUCUGCCCUAGAACUAACCCUUCCUGGAUGCCCCGUAUGACUAAAGAUUGCCAGCCACAGCCCUUGAGGUGAUGUUCUUCCAUGUUCUCCCCUCUCCAUCCCACCUGAGGAGGUAGGAAGGAGCUGGUAAUGAUGACAUGCCCAUCUCCCCACCUUCUCUUCCUGGAAAAUUGUUUUGAUUUUGUUUUUGAAAUAAAAAUUUAGUU